AUGUUUCUACCAUAUUUCCCCUUCAACAGGACUUUCUGGUUUUAUUUAUCUAUCUAUCUCAUAUUGACUAUAUCUAAUAUCGUGCGCUCUCUCUCUCCUUCUCUCUCUCUCUCUCUCUCUCUCUAUCUAUCUAUCUAUCUCUAUCUCUAUCUCUCUCUCUCUGUUCUUUCGUUCCCUGCAAAAAUAUUUCUUUUCUUGUCUCCUUCUUACUCGAAAGAAAAAAAAAUAAUGUUGUGUGAAACACUGUGCUUCGGUCUUGGUCUAUCCAUCACUUCAAAUCAUUUCUUUCUUUCUUUUUUGUACUCACUCUCUCUCUCUCUCUCUCUCUCUCUCUAUCUAUCUAUCUAUCUAUCUAUCUAUCUAUCUCCCCCCUCACCUUUGUUCAUUAUUUUACACUCGUUUCUCAGCGCUCGGGCUGAAUCAAGUAAUGGAGUCCCUUACACAUUAAACCCUGAUGAGUGUGUCUUUUGCUUUCUCAUCAAUUACACCAUGAUGAGUGGUGGGAAACUCCGAUUGCCUUCUUCUUGUUGCAAGAAUUUCAACCCCUUAUGGUACUUGAAUGCAAGUAGUACUUUCUUCCUGUGCAUGGUGGAGGGGCCCACGGCAAGUGCCCUGCAAACAAAAGCAAUUAAAACAGAAUGUGUAAAUCCCACGAUUGCUUCACCCAUCAAAGUUGACCAUUCGAUAAAAGUUUCUUUCUUUCUUUAUUUAUUUAUUUAUUUAUUUCUAUCUAUCUAUCUAUCUAUCUAUCUAUCUAUCUAUCUAUCCUUUCAUCUUAGCUCGUCUAAUAUAUCUAUUUGUCCACAGGGAAAUUCGAAUUUAGUCAUAAUACGACAUUCUUCCCACAUUACAUUCUUCUUCUUCUUCUUCUUCUUUUUCUUCUUCUUCUUCUUCUUCUUCUUCUUUUUCUUCUUUUUUUUCUUCUUCUUCUUCUUUUUCUUCUUCUUCUUCUUCUUCUAA